UAUCUUUAAAUCUCAUCAGAUUAGAGGUGAGGUGGGGACACCAUAAUGCCAGACCUGAACGCUAAGAGGAUGCCAGUGGCUGUGGGGCCCUAUAGACAGUCCCAGCCAACCUGCUUCAACCACAUGAAGAUGGGCUUUAUGAUGGGUUAUGCAGUGUGUACGGCAGCUGAGGUGCUCUUGGGUACUUUUUCCUGUCUCAGAAUUGGAAUGUGGGGUUGGGAGCUGAUGGGUAGCAUCAGAAAAAUCAUGAUGCAGAGUGGUGUCAUCUUUAGCACAUUCAUGGCCAUCAGAAUGGGCAUCCAAUACUAA